AUGGCACGUCUCGCCGGGACUCAGCUCGACGAACCACCCAUCAGUUCAAGCCCCUCCUCAUCACCAGGGCGAUCUUCUGAUAAGGAGAAUCAUCGCCAAAGUGUCAACAAAAGAACCGCGAUGCCACCUCCAAGCUCAGCAAAUAAACGGCGACGCCUCACCGAUCACGACCCGAACAUCCAGUCGCAGAUGCCAAUGUCGCAACGCAACGUCCAGAACAGGUACUACGAUCCAGACCAGGAUGCGGGUGAGCGAAGGAAGAUUCGGAAAGGACUGAGAGAUCUGACGCGAGAACUUAACGGUAAAUUCACCUCCUCUGGGCGCGGAGGGCCUCCUGCUGACCGUCUCCAUCAAGACUCGCGAUCGGAAUAUAUGCAAGCCGGAAAUGAUGGCCUCUAUAAGACGAUCACCAAAGCCAACGAGAUUUUCGUCGGAGUUAAGCAGACUUCCGACGCGACGAUCGACUCUCGCCUCCUAGUCAACGCGGCCGAUCUCUCCCACAAAAAGACCGCCCAGGUCGCUCUCGGGGACGCGACGGCCGGUAUCGAUGUUGAUGAAUUCGUUUCCAAAUGUAUCUCGUUCAUGCGUCAAGGUGAGGCAUCCACUCUCUCUCCGUCCCAGGGUACCCAGCGCCGCCGACCGCGUCAAAGCCAAAGAGACCCCGAUGCGAGCGACGAGGAGGAUGCAGGAGACGCGAUGAAUUGGGACUGGCUGGGUCGACACGCGUGCGUACCGUAUAGUGCGCGACCGGCCGUGUCAGGGUGGUUGUUGGGCCCAUUAUCCGUGCAAAAGCGCGCGCGCCAAUUGACCCAGCGGCGAGCGCACGAGCAGAUUGAUCCAUCACUGGCUGUACAACCCAACGAGCUUAGGCAGCAGGAUCUCGGGGAUCAGGAAAACGUCAAUCUCGCCUCCAUGUGCUCGACAAUCAACAAACUGCUUGCGGACAUACUGAAGGAGCGCAACAAAGCUGCUUCCGACGAGCUGGUUGAGAUGCUGGCUAAGACAGGGCAACCUGAACCUAGUUUCGAGCAGGUCAAGGAAGCGGCGGCCAAUCAUGGAAUCACCGAUGAUGGCGGCCUGAAUCUCUUCCACGUCUGUAUUAAUCCCCGCUCCUUCGGGCAAAGCGUUGAAAAUUUGUUCUACGUCAGCUUCCUUGUUCGCGAUGGGAAUAUCGGUCUGCAGGUGGACAGUCGCCAAAUUCCGAGUCUUCGUGAGUAG